UGGCUCAUGCUAAGUUAGUUGAGAGAUAAUAAUGAGUCGUCAACCUGCUCCUAAAAUAAUUCACCACAACAGAGAACAGCCAAAUAAACAAGAAGAGCUGUACGAAGAAGUCGAAAUGCACGAUGAACAACAACCUCGAUAUAUGACAACCAUUCACUCUAACCGUGAUGAUGUUGAGGACAACUCCCAAUCGCAACAAGUCGGUCAAAUCUCCACUAAAACCAAGAGGAGGAAAUUUGUUGUGAUUGCACUGAUUGCUGUAUUGCUGGUCAUUGCUCUAGUUGUGUCUCUGGUGGCAGUCAUCAUAUACAGUCCUCUGGUCAGCGGUGGAGACAACACUGAAUCAAGUGCCAGCACUGCCGGAGAUAAUAUGUUGUUGAGGAUACAGCAGCUGGAAGGAAGAGUGCAAGCAAUUCAGGGAUUGAAUGUCACAGUGGCGAACACUGUUAAAUCAUCAGCAUUGUACUCUUCCCAGAUAGCCAGCAUGCAGAACUUAAUACAGACAUCAACUUUGAUCCAGAACAACCUUCGUCAAGAUUUGGACCGUCUCCGCACAAUCAACCUCUAUGAUGGCUGUAUCCAGCAGACUAGGACUUGCACGAUGCCAACAUCAUCAACGAGUACUUAUGCCACUUGUGGCACUACUAGUGUGACCAUCACUCCUGGAGACACACAGUACUUUACAUCCAGCAUAUUGUGUGAUCUUCAAACCUAUACCGGCCACUUCACGUCAUCGACAUACUACAAGAGUGGAAACAAUAUCCGUUGCUACUGUCAAGUUACCUAUCCAGUAGUACUGGUCACAGCUCAUUCUCGCCAAGUAAUGGCAUCUGCACACUGACUGUCACCAAGUGUCCUUAUACUCGAAACCUCCUGAACUGAACUGUUUUAAUACUACCUAUAUUUUGCUGAAACAAUUAACUGAGGCAGUAUAGCUGCUCUAAAUGGUGUUUAUAACGUUAUCUUCUAGCUAUAAGUUAUUGUGUACAUUUUGCACAGUUCUGUA